GUUUACUCUAGUUCUAGUACCAAGUACGGCAAAUUGAACCGUGACCUAUCGUCUACUCCGUCGACUUUCAAUACUUAAUGUCUACAGCACACAGACCGACAUGGGAUCCUGCCCAGGCUCGCGAUGUGAAAGGUGGCUCCCGCCAGUUCUCUGUCCGAGACAUGGCAGCACACACGAAACUCAAAUUCCGGCAACCUGGUCAAACGUCCGUUGGGGACGUCGCACGGAGAGACUUACGCAUGGAGCUAUUAGCGGCGGAGGAAGAAGCACGAAACAAGAAGCGAAAAGCAGAGGGAAAGCCACCGCUCCCGCUCACAAAUGGGAACGGGACGGAGGCAGCAGGGGAUGAAGCUAACAAGCGGAGGAAGUUAUUGGAAGAGGCUUUGGAACUGGAUAAGGACGAUGAGGAUGACGACGAGAAAGAGGAAGGUGCUAGUUCUAGAGGGCAGGACAAUGGGGAAGAGCAGGACGAGGAAAGCGAGUUUGACAGUGAAGAGUCAGAUGAGGAAGACGAGACCGCUGAAUUGAUGCGUGAGUUGGAGAAGAUAAAAAAAGAGCGGGCAGAAGAGAAGGCCCGUCAAGAGCAUGAACAGAAUGCGAGUGCCGCGAUCGCACGAGAAGCUGAGAUAGCUACCUCGAAUCCUCUCUUAAAUCUUGCCGCAGCAUUAGGACAGUCACCUGGUAUGAAUACAACUGUACCAGGGACAUUCUCUGUAAAACGGAGAUGGGAUGAUGACUUAAUAUUCAAGAACCAGGCCGCAAAUCAGAAAGAUAAAUCUGGUCGAUUUGUUAAUGACCUGCUACGGACAGAAUUCCACAAAAAAUUCAUGGCGAAGUUCAUUAAGUAAUGAAACAAUGUGUUUAGUGGGACGGACUCGGACGGCCAUCACCUAAGAGUCCUAUGUGAUAUACUACUGAGAAGUGAGGUCUGUAAGCCAGCUGAUUGAUAACUAUACAGUGUGACAUAAGGACAUGUACUACUCGUCAAGUGUCGCCCAUGUCAUGUCCGUCCCAUCCACCCAUAUCAUUCUGCAUCAAUCUCUUCGUAAGCCUUGCCAAGGCCCCGUCACUGACGUGGUUUUGGGUCGCUUAAGUCUCACCACAAGUGCAAGCGGUAGGGUACAAAGAUCAAUUUUUAGUGAAGCUGGUAGUGUGACAGUCAUCUUACGUCCGCAGGAGGCACGGCUGGCAGAAAUGAGGCAGCGAAUGCCAAGUCACAG